UUAUUAGAGAAAUGCUAAUGAACCUGAACCGUUACAAAUGUCGUCUCCCCCAAAACCCUAAACCCUAACCGUAGCAGGCUCUCUAUGGACCGAUCACUGAACCUGCUGGACGAAGCCCUAGGUCUCGACAAUGGCGAUUCCAACCCUUCCGAGACUCGACUCCUCCUCCUCAUAGAGGACUGCGUUGAGACCAGCGCCUAUUUCGUCCUUCACCACCUCAUCAAGCGCUCUCUCUCUCCUCAUUCCUCCGCCCUCGUCGUCUUCGUUGCCUUCGCCCAACCUUUCUCUCAUUACGACCGAAUCCUCCGAAAAAUGGGUUGCAACUUAGUUGUACAAAGGGAUAACAAAAGAUUCCUUUUCCUUGAUAUGCUUACAUUGGAAUGUCCAGAUGGAGAUGGUGAAAAAACUUGCAAAGGUGGACUUCUUGAUUUGUAUGGAAAAAUCCAGAAAGCUGUGGAGGUUAGUGUCUUAACUGGAGGAACCAGGAGCAUCACUAUUAUGAUUGAUGAUAUCUCUCUUAUGGAGGUUGCUGCUAAUGGCUCUUCAAAUCAUGUCUUAGACUUUCUGCAUUACUGCCAAACCUUAACAACUGAAUUUGGUUGUUCACUAGUUUUUCUUAAUCACAAAGAUAUAUAUUCAAGCAUGGAGAGACCAACCCUUAUUUUACAAAUGGAGUACCUUGCAGAAGUUAUCAUAAGGGCAGAACCUUUGGCCACUGGUUUGGCAGCUGAUGUGCACGGACAGUUGACAGUAAUGAACAAGGGGAUUUGUGAUGGGCCACGAACCCUACAGACGAAGAUGUGUAAUUUUCACUUCAGGAUCAAGGAAAAUUGUGUCGAAUACUUCUAUCCGGGGAGUCGGACAUGAAGAGAUAUGCAACCAGAUAUUCUGGCAAAUCUGCUCCUCCCCUUAUUGUUUUAGAGUGUUAAAAAUGUUAUGAAUGUAAACUGUAGUUGAUUAUCAGAAGCUUCCUAUGCUGAAAUGAGAAGGAAAAAAGGAAUGUAUUAAUUUUAAGAGCAAAAUGGUCUUGGGUCAAAUUUGUGGCUGCUUUUAGAUGUUGGUUCGACACAAAUCACCUUUUCGUGUACUCUGAUUAUUUGCUUUUAUGAACAUUGUGGUCUUUCAAAUGGGUUGGGGAA